AUGCGUGGUGAAAAAGCGCCGCAGCCGGCCGCGAGAUGGUCGGGCGUUCGCGACGCCCUGGAGGAGGGGUCGGCCUGCACACAGGUGCCGCUUCCGGAUGUCCCAACGGCGAGAGACCCCGGCGACGAGGACUGCCUCGUCCUCAACUUGUACGUGCCCCUCAACACCACUGAGCCGCCCGCAGUGUACGUCUGGAUGCCGGGAGGCGCCUACUUUGUUGGCAGUGGCACCAUCUCUCAGUAUGGGCCAGACCUCCUCAUAGAAGAAGGUAUCGCUGCGGUCACUGUCAACUACCGCCUCGGAGCCCUAGGUGAGACAACCUUCACUUAUGGUGCUUAA